GCAGACGCCGCUAAACGUGCGCACGCAGCGCCACACGACCCCGCACGGUGUAAACAAACAAAAUGUGUAGUGAAAAGUGCCCCUGGAAAAUAUUGUUAUUUAUUAUAGGUAUUUUUCACAGCACGCAAGCGGCUUGGCUACGCUGUUACAAAGGAACGCUUGAUAACUUUGAAGUGGUUCCGUUGACGAAGCCUGAACUCCUGGUUAAUUCGACAUGCAUCAACCAUGCCCACCCGACCAUCGUGUUCACAUUCGGCUACCGAGGCAAGGUGGGCGGCCCGGCCACCACCGCCGUUCUCUCGGCCUAUUUAACCACCAAGAAGAGAAACGUGAUUCUUCUGGAUUGGGAGAAGGAAGCUGACGUCGGGAUUCUCGGACUGCCAAUGACUUAUGUAUUUUCAGCAGUUCCGAAUGCCAAAAUUGUUGGUGACGACUUGGGAGAGGCCCUCACAAUGCUGGCGCGAGCCGGGAUGAACACUACACGGCUGCACCUCCUGGGACACUCGCUGGGUGCCCACGUGAUGGGGUACGCCGGCAGGCGGGCCAGAGAAAACGGCCAUGUCGUUGCACGCAUCACAGGUUUAGACCCAGCACGGGCGCUGUUCGAGGGCUCGCUGGGCGUGCGGGCCGGGCUGGACCGCAAGUGCGCGCGCUUCGUGGACAUCAUCCACAGCGACCCGGGCGGGUACGGCACCACCGCCUCCACCGGCACCGUGGACUUCUGGCCCAACUACGCGGGCAGCGGCGGCACGCAGCCCGGCUGUCCUAAUGGCGACUUUGAUAUGUUCACACCCGAAGAGUUUCUUGACGAUAGUAACUCUGAGUUCGCCGAAUAUUAUCUGACCUCCGAGCAAAUUCAGAACAUGACACGGAUGCAAAAGAUGCGAACGAUUACUCAGCGUAACCUGUGCAGCCACGACCGCUCCUGGCGGCUGUUCGUGGAGUCGAUACAAUCGCCGACGGCCUUCCCGAGCGCCUUCGCGCCGGAUUUCGACACGUGGGCGAGGCACGCCCGCUCUGCUCACACCGUCUACUUGGGAGACUUGGUCAACACGCGUGCCUCGGGCGACUAUUUCCUAACGACGGGGCCCACUUCGCCCUACAGCCUGGGGACCCGGGGCCUCAUCCCCGACGACAACAUGACGCGGCGGCGGCGGAGCUCCACGCUCACACGCCUGCUCAAGUACCUCAGGUGAUACGUCGUUAACGCGGUGCUAACCACGCGAAGGACUGCCAAUCGUAUUAUAGCUACAUUAUUUUAUUAGUGAUACUGAAAGUGCUAUGGUGUACCCACAGUAACAACGACUUCGUUAUCCGUAGUGCAAAGACACAUCAUAUAGGUCAACACCGACCCGGUACCAAAAUCGGAUUUAAUAAUCAAUUAAUCGAAAUGUAGUUAGUAUUGAGGUCGUACAGACAGGCUAUUAUAAAGUACUGAUAUUACAGUGUGUGAGAUGUUAAAAGCUUGCAGUUUCAAGUUAAUAAGCCCAAAACAGCUACAAUUUGUACUUUUCAAGCACCAAAUAUGAACGUGCUUCGUUUUUGGGUGUUUCCACAAAACAAUGUUGAAAACCUUCUCACGUCCAUGUCCGUUCCAUCGCGUGAUCAUGUCACGUUUUAGUAAGAUUUGUUUUCACGGACGCAGUGGAAACUACAAUUUUCCGUAUAUUGUGAGUCUGAGCUGAACAAACCCAAAAAUACCAGGAGAUCUGUGAGAAUCAAGUUUUUAACAUAUUUUCCUGAAAAUACCCUUCUGCCAAAUUCUCUGCUGUUUUAAGUAGGGUGUCAAUUUCUUGAAACAUCAGGCCCCGUAGCCGAAUGGCAUUUCUGCGACGCGAAACGAAAACGAAACACCGCGAAAGGUAGUCUGGCUCUUUCACGCCAAUACGCAAGAGCGAUAGAGAUAGAUAUCUACGAACGUUUCGUUUCGUGAGCAUUUGUGCCAUUCGGCUACGUACCAGACUUCUCUUAAUGUCGUAGAGCGAUACUUCUUUUAAGUCAAAAGGCAUGAGAUGGUACGUUUACUAAUUUACCAAUGGACGAUAAUGUGUGAAUGAUGUUGGUAGACAACAAAAUAUGUAAGAUGUUAGCUUAUUUCUGACAAUAAACUAGUUUUGUAUACAUAUUUUGUGUAAUGUUAGCGAUAAAAGAACUGUAUUAAAACUAAGAAUAGUAAUAAAUACAAUAUAAUAA